AUGGCCUCAUGCGGCAACACAGUCCCUUUCAUCAUCAACGGCAAAGACGUCACCUCAGCCUCGACUUUUGCAGUUAAGAACCCUGCUACAGGCAAGGAGCUCUGGAAUGCCUCGUCCGUGUCAAUAAGCGAGGCCAUCGGGGCUGUCGAGGCAGCCCAGACGGCCUUUGCCUCCUGGUCCCAGACAAAACCGAGUCUUCGGAGAGAGAUCAUGCUCCGCGCGGCAGACCUCUUUGUCAGCAGAAAAGAAGAGCUGUUCUCUUAUCAGACCCAAGAGACAGGCGCAGGGCGGCAGUUUAUGGACCUCAACAUCAAUGCAACCGUUCAGGUCCUAAGGGAUAUUGGCGGGAGGAUUGAAGCCGCGGUGGAAGGGUCCGUCCCGGCGACGGCGGAGGAGGGCUCACACGCAAUCGUAGUCAGGGAGCCAUAUGGCGUCGUGCUCGCAAUUGCCCCAUGGAACGCCCCCUACGUUCUGGGAGCACGAUCAGUCGCGUUUGCCCUCGCGACAGGCAACACGACCAUCCUCAAGGGCUCCGAGCUCUGCCCGCGCGUCUUCUGGGCCAUCGGCGACAUAUUUCGACAGGCUGGCCUGCCCGACGGCUGCCUCAACAUACUCUACCACCAACCGGCAGAUGCGGCUGCCGUCACAGAAGCGCUGAUCGCCCAUCCCUCGAUCAAGAAGAUCAACUUUACCGGGAGCACCCUCGUCGGAAGCAUCAUCGCCAGCCUAGCCGGUAAACAUGUGAAGCCGCUUCUGCUGGAACUCGGCGGCAAAGCCAGCGCCAUUGUUCUCAAAGACGCGGACCUUGAAAAAGCCGCCACCAGCUGUGCCGUAGGCGCUUUCAUCCACGGUGGCCAAGUGUGCAUGUCAACCGAACGCAUCCUGGUGCACAACUCGAUCGCCCAAGAUUUCAGCGCCGCUCUCAAAGAGGCCACGCAGAAGCUCUUUGGCUCCCAGGGCCCGCCGUUUGUGCUGGUCAAUUCCACGGCCGUGCAGAAGAACAAGCGCCUGGUCGCCGACGCGGUCAGCAAGGGCGCGACGACCCUGAUGGGGAACGCUGAGGCUGCCGAAGAUGAACCUACCAAGAUGAGACCCGUCAUAGUCUCGGACGUGUCCAAAAACAUGGAUAUUUACUACACCGAGUCUUUUGGGCCGACAGUCUCUCUGAUGACGUUUGAGACGGAGGAAGAGGCGCUCGCAAUCGCCAACGACACCGACUACGGCCUUUCGGGGGCAGUCUUCUCCGAGGACCUAAGAGCCGCCAUGAGGGUCGCCAGGAAGUACGAGUCCGGGGCGGUCCACAUCAACUCGAUGACUGUGCACGACGAGGCCUCGCUGGCGCACGGAGGAGCCAAGAAGAGCGGGUAUGGGAGAUUCAACGCGGCUCAGGGGCUGGGAGAAUUUCUUCGGUACAAGACGAUUACCUGGAGGGAUUGA